AGGACCUGAUGCACUAGAAAGAUUUGUCUUCAAAAUCAAAGAUGAACUCCUAGAUAUCCAAGAAGAUUUAUUUGCAUUAGCUGAAAUGAUAAUGGCACUAGGAGACUUGAAGAUGUACAAUAAAGUGAUCAAAUGCUAG